CAUGCUGUCAAAUUCAAUGUUUUCAUUUUGUAAGUGCACGUUGUGAAAAUAAAACAAAAAAAUAAUGUCAAAUAAUCCAUUCCGUAGCAAGCCUUCCACUAAUGUUCAACAAAGUGCUGACGAUUGGGGUAAAACUAAAUUCAAACCCUCUAAAUUCGGAAGCGGUGGUAAAAAACCUUUUAACAAACAUCAGGGUGGCAGAGGCGGCAACAGAAAAUUCGACAACCGAAAUGGAAAUAGUUUUCAAAAAAAAGAAACCUGCAAAUUUAAUCAAGUAGCUCGAGAUGCGAAGCCAGAAAAUGGUACACCAUGGAACAAAUACAAGGAUGAAAUCGUUUACAAACAACGUGAAGAAGAGCAAGCUGCCCAACAAGCCAACAUGGAUAGUAGUGAAGGUAGAUCCGUACUGAAACAACGUGAAAUAAACUACAGAAAAUCACUAAUUGAAAAAAAGAAACAGGAACCCACUCAUUGGGAAGAUUUUGGCGAGGAAGAUGAUACCCACAAAAACAGCAAGAAGUUCUCAAAUAAAUCUAAACCAAAUAAAACAGCUACCCUAACGAAUCAAAAUGAUGAAGGCAAAAAAAAGAAGUUUAAUAACAAGCAAAAAAGUGCAGAACAUAAAUUAGAUACACAAUCAAAACCAAAUUUCAAGAAAAAUGUCUCCAAUUCAGAACUUAAAGCUGAUGUCAAAGAAUUUAUAUCGAAAGAACUUUUGGACAACUUCGAUAGUAAAAAGUUGAGCUUUAAACAAAAUAAUAAAUUGCGUGCUGUUAUCACCAAAACAACUAAUAUGUCUGUGGUUGGUAACUCUCUGGAACACGCUGUUCAACAUAUGAAAUACGAUAAAAUGAAAAAAGAAAAGUUCAAUAAAAAAUAGUAAUAUGGUUAUACUUUGGUAAUAUGUAUAUGCAUAUGAGCAAAAA